AAAUAAGUAUACGUGCAUACGUAUCUGUAUAUUGUUGCAAUUUCUUUAGCGAUGCGAAAUAUAUUUGUAUUAAUAAAUAGUUGUUUUUGUGACCACGUUGUUUGCUGCUCGUAGUAGAUUCAUACCAUUCUUUAUAAAUCACAAGUAAGAUGCCACAAACUCGUUUAGUUCAUUUACAACUUGUUACUUAGCACGUGUUGUAUGCAUUACUUUGUGUUAGAAUAAACAAAGAAACCUUGAAAAAUAAAUUGUCCAACAUUUUAUUAUACGAAUAAACAAUUGAGAUUAGGAAAAUACAAAGUUUGGAACUUUAGCUUACUUGCAAGACAAUGUUUGAACUUGACCUUAACAAGUUUUCGACUUUAGGCUCAAAUUAUGGAGAUAUGAAACUAAGAAAAUCUUCAAAUUUGCCAAGACCAAGACUUUCAAGGAAAAAUGUAAAGAUUCAUAGUGAUGGGUUAUUAUUAAUCCCCCCAAAAAAUGGAUCAGCCCCAAUUUGUAUAAAAGUUGAGGGGGCUAGUAGCAGUGAUUCAUCAGAAGAAGAUGUUCCUGAUUUCGAUUAUGACUAUGCCAGCAUUUCCGAUUGUGAUUCUGGUCAUCAGAGUUGGUUUGGCAGUGUUCAUACCACAUCUUUCAAAACUAGGAGAAAUGAACUCGUUGUUCCUACUUCCACACAAUCAGCACGAUUUCGCAGUGUCAGUUUCACAGAAGAAGAAGAUGAGGAUGGAUACAGUUACGUUUCAUAUAAUUCCGGACACCCAAAUGUAACCGUUGUAAAUAGUGGUGGAAAAAUUGACAAUCUGGGGAUCAUUGGUAGCAAUAAGGAAAUAGAUGGACCAUUUGGACCUAGAAAAUGCGUGUAUCUCGACCAAGGUAGACCCGUCGGAGGGAUUGAACAAUUCAUUGCCAAAAAUGUGCUGCCACAUUAUUCUUGUAACACGACAAAUUCCAAACUAAUUGAAAUGAGGGAAGAAACGAAGCAGAUUGUUCUUGAAAUAUGCGGAGGUGGAGACGAAGAUGAAGUCAUAUUUUGUGGAGAUUGUGAACCAAUUCAAACCUUGGUCAAUUUACUGGCAUUAAACUUGAAGAAAGACUCGUCGCGGCCUAUCGUCAUUCUCGGACCCUUUCAGUCAUUCUCCAACUUGUCCGCUUGGGCGCAGGUUUCUCAUGAGGUCAUCAAAAUUCCUGGAAAUAUAAGCGGAAGCUUGGACUUUCAAUACCUAGAACGCGUCCUAAAACGACUCAAAUCCAAAAAAGUGUUCAAAUCUAGGUUGGUUAUUGGCUCCUUCUCCAUUAGCUCGAAUGUAACGGGGGCCUUGAAUGACGAAAUUGCAAUCACAACGUUACUUCAUAAAUAUUCUGCCCACGUGGUGUGGGAUUAUUAUGCUGCUGGACCUCACGUGAAAAUCCAAGUAAAUCCAAAAACUGGUCAAGAAGAAUUAGACAAGUUGGCCAGAAAGGAUGCAAUUUUCAUCACUGGACACAAGUUCCUUGGUGGAGCACAAACAUCAAAUGUACUGAUUUCAAAAAGUUCAUUCCUCUUCAAUAAAACUAACAGAGCACUAGAAGAACGGAAAAUAAAUAGUAAGACGCCAAGUACAAAUGGUAUUGCAGAAAUACGAUUAGGAUUGGUCUUGAAAGUGCAUUGUUCCACUGAUCUUAAUACUCUAAUUAAGCCGAAAGAAACAGAUUUCACAAGACAAGUUUUGGAUGCGUGGAUCACAAUACCUGAGCUUGUGGUUCUGGGGAUAGCACAGUCUGCACGCCUGCCUCUGGUAUCCUUUAUGAUUAAACACGUAGAAACGGGAUACUUUUUGCACCACGGUUUUGUUGCUACCUUACUUACUGACCUUUUUGGAAUCCAAUCCAGCACUGCUUGCAUGGGGGAUUCUUUACAUUCUCAAGAACUGCUUGGAAUUGAUGCUAAAUUAGCCAAGAAGUAUGACCAACAACUUACACCAGGAUUUACGACCAUUUCCCUUUCUUAUGCUACCACCCAAACGGAAGUAACUUUUAUCAUACAAGCCAUCAAACUCUGUGCAAAUCAAGGGUGGAAACUUCUCCCAUUUUAUGAAAUGGACCGAAAAACUGGAAUAUUUAGAUUUUCGGGUAAAAUGGAGCUGGGAAACCCUUCAAACGUAACCAUAAAAUCUUUCGACAUUCAUUCAUUCAACAGAGCUCAUCUCAACUGCUCUGGACAUGAUGAUAACGGUAGUAAAAAUGCCACCGUUAAUUAUCGAUACGAAGAAUGUUUGAGAUACGCACAAAAUCUAAUUGACAGUAUUGAAAUGAUAACUCAGCACAACGAGAUAACUCACAAUGAUGACAUAUUGCCAUAUUUUCGCAAAGAAUCUCUCCGCUGGUUCCUAACCCCAUCCGAAGCUCUCAUUUGUAUUAAACAUCCAUACAACGUGAAGAAGCACUUUGAUUGUAAGAAGAGAACAAGGUGUCCCAUUGUUCCCAAACAGUUGAAAAAAGAUAACAAGGGCAACGAUAACGAGUUUGGAAGUGUCGCUAGCAAAACUAUGGUCCAGAAUUGCAAAAUUAAACGGGUCACCACCAGUAGAGUCAAGGUGUCGCCUUCUAAAGGUUCACCACCACGCCUCGUGGUCAAAUCAAGUAGUUUGCAGAGUUUAGACAUGGAGUUGGACAAUAAGAUUGUAAAUGAAAAUGCACCUUUUUCUAGACGAAAACUCAAAUCUCAGCUCAACCACAACUUCUUCGAAUGCUCUUAACUAUUGGAGAAAGCACAUGUAUAAAUUAAGCAAGAUAGUUUUUAUUUUCAUGUGAUAUGUAAAAUUGUGCCAACAAAAUGUUCAAAGUACAAUUAUGUGCAUAUUUAGUUAUAAUAAUCACGUUUUACAAAACAUUUAUGAAUAAAGUUGACAAAUGAGAAAAAACACAAGAAGUU